GUCGGAAUGAAAUGCAAAUUCAUCCGAAAUGCAAAUUCAUCAAAGAUGAAAUCGAAAUUCAUAUCAAAUUCACGCGUCUUCGUCUCCCUGAUGUAGCGUUGUGGUAGUCAUGAAAUCCGUGUACCAGUCACCGUCCUCGAUAUAGAGAGAGAAUUAUUACUUUUAGAGAGAGAAAAUGCUGCCAUAUAUAGUCACAUACUAACUGUAGACCGUCGCAGAAGCUUCUCUUCAUUCCCAUUGUGCCGAAUAAACUCUUGCUGAAUAAAGGUGAAGGUUAUUAAUUUAUUGAAAACGAAGUUUCAUUGGUAGUUUGAAAGUUUUUAAAGUCAAAUGGGUGGUGAUGGUAAGGAAGCUAGUUGUGAUACUGUACCAAGAGUUCAAUCAUCUGUUGGGGCUUCAUCAUCUUCACUUCUUAAGCAAUCCCCCUUUCUAGUGAAUCAACUUGACGUGCCUUUGUUAAAUACUCCGCAAUUUCACAGUCAAAUGCGACAAUUUUCCCCUAAUAUGACCAUGGACAAUAGUGUUAAAAGAGUUGGCAUUCCACCCUCCUAUCCACAAAUGCCUCCUAUUUCGCCCUACUCACAAGUUCAGGUUAACCGCCCUUCGAAUCAGCAAAUGGGUAUGCAGAAUUUUAGUCCUAGUGCAGGGCCAUCACACUCACGUUCAUUAUCACAACCGUCAUUCUUUUCAGUUGAUUCCUUGCCGCCCUUAAGCCCUUCACCUUAUCGGGAGUCACCUGCUACUUCGAUUUCUGACCAAGUAUAUGCUGAUGUAUCAAUGGAGGAGAGGGAUGGGAACCUACAUUCAUUGUUGCCGCCUUCACCUUUCACAAGAUGUGGUUCAUUAAGGGGCGGGGAAGGUCUUCCUCCUAGUAAGGCACAUAGAAGGUCUAAUAGUGAUAUCCCUUUUGGGUUCUCUACCAUGAUGCAGUCGCCACCACUUAUACCACUAAGGAGCCCGGGUGCUUUGGAGAAGUCACGAGAGAAUUCAGGGGCUAAACCAGUACAGUUGGUUAAACGGGAGUCUAGUUGGGAGAAAGGUGGUGGGAGCAACGUUGAAGGAAUGGGGGAGAGGAAAUCUGAAGGGGAAAUUGUAGAUGAUCUGUUUUCUGCUUACAUGAAUUUGGACAGCAUUGACGCCUUUAACUCUUCCGGUACUGAUGAGAAGCUAGGAAAUGAAUAUCGUGAAGAUAGUAGAGCUAGUGGUACAAAGACAAAUGACAGCAGUGAUAAUGAAGCCACAAGUAGUGUCAAUGAGAGCGGCAACAAGAUUCAGAGACCAAGGGAAGGGAUCAAAAGGAAUGCUGGAGGUGAUAUUGCUCCAACCACUCGACACUACAGGAGUGUCUCUAUGGAUAGUUUUAUGGGAAAUGUGAACUUUGACGAGUCACCCAAGUUGUCUCCUUCUCCGGGAACAGGCGCAGGUCAACUUUCACCGACUAAUUCAAUUGACGAAAAUAUAAACACCUUUAGCUUGGAGUUUGGUAAUGGUGAGUUUAAUGGGGCUGAACUAAAGAAGAUUAUGGCAAAUGAGAAACUUGCAGAGAUAGCGAUAAGUGAUCCCAAGCGGGCCAAAAGGAUAUUGGCCAACCGUCAAUCUGCUGCUCGUUCAAAAGAGCGAAAGAUGAGAUAUAUAGCGGAGUUGGAACACAAGGUCCAAACUUUGCAGACUGAAGCAACCACUUUGUCUGCCCAACUUACUCUACUUCAGCGGGAUUCUGCUGGACUGACAAGCCAGAACAAUGAGCUGAAGUUUCGCCUGCAAGCCAUGGAUCAACAGGCACAGCUUCGGGAUGCAUUAAAUGAAGCAUUAAGAGAGGAGGUACAGCGUUUGAAGAUUGCAACUGCUGAACUAAAUGGAGAUCCAUCCAAAUUUCAGCAGCUUUCACUUAACCCUUCAAUGUUCCAAUUACGCCAGCAGCAGGCAACUCAAGUUAACAUGCAUCAAUUGCAUCAGCAGCAAUCUCAGCCACAUCAACAGAAUGGUAAUAUAUCUAAUAAAAAUGAAUUGAAGAAAUAGCUUCUACUGGUGCACUGGAACUUAAGCAUUUAAUCACCUUCUGUUUUCUGUUUUAUUCUUCUCGGCACUACACAUUCAUUGGUUUUUGUGUGAAUAAUGUGACACAUUAACAUAUGGAGUCUACAUAUUCUGAUUUGUGUUGCACUUGCAUGUUCAUGCCAACUACAGUCCUUUUACAACCUUACCUUCAAGCGUAACUAUGUCAGUAAUAAUAUAGUAUCUAUCAACCUUUUUUUGUCAAUGUAACUGGAGAAAACAAUUAUGGCUUGUUUAUUAAAGUAGAUUGUACAGGUGUGUACCUGACAGUAUUAAGCACGAAACGGAAGUAAACAAUGUUGUCCAUUGUAUUGUUCAAUUCUGUUCACUACUAUGUAACAAACAUCUCAAUAUUCAUCGAUUUCAUCUUUAUUAUUAUUUUUUA